AUGAAGCUUCACGUGACCGCGCUUUUCGUUAAAGAAGACCUCCUGGUGUCCCGCCAAGAUCUCUCAGCCGCCGUAGCGUGCUUUUCCAACCUCACCCAUCUGCAUCUCAGCGACAACAGCGUCGAGUCGCUCGACGACGCCUUCCUCGCCCACCUGGCAUCUUCAUGCCCGAAGCUGAAAAGUCUACACCUGGCGGGUGCUGCAAGUUUGAUGCUGCCAUCUUGCCUAAAAUCGCUCAACCUUUCCAUGACUUGUCCUGAUUUCAACACUUUCUUAUCAUCAGCAUCGCCCUUCACUGAACUAGAGGAGCUGCUGAUCACCGACUGCAGUGAGCUGGAGAGCCUUCCUGACGGCAUAGGAGACAUGCUGCCGUGCCUUCGCAGGCUGACCAUCUGCAACUGCUAUUAUUUCACUCACCUUCCUGAAAGCAUCACUUCUCUGAGUCGUUUGGAAACCCUCGUCGUCUCUAAUUCCUCCGAGUUUACCUUACUACCCAUCAACUUCGGCCACCUGCCUGCCCUCAAACGCCUGGUGCUGGAGGAUUUGUGUUUCACCGAACUCCCUCAUUCCUUCUGUCAUCUCACGUCUCUAGAGUCACUCGUUAUACUUAACUGCAACGAGCUUCAGCAGCUGCCAGCAGGGUUCUGCCUCCUCACGGCUCUCAAGGCGCUCUGCCUCUCAAACUCGUAUGGUCUAGCCUUGCCAGAGGACGUUGGUGCUGUUGCAAGUCUGGAGGCUCUCAGGGUGCAUGCCUGCCAGGACCAGCUCCUCCCGGCUUCAUUCACCCAGCUGUCUUCCCUGAUGAUCCUUGAGCUGGAACAAUGUGGUGGGAACGAGCUUCCAGAAGCUCUGGGAGAGCUGAGCAGCCUACGGGAGCUGAAGAUUGUUGAUUCUUUGAUCAGCACGCUUCCUAGCUCGCUGACACGGCUUACGAGACUUCAGACCUUGGAGGUCAGAGGCUGCUGCUCUCUCUCGAGUGUACCUUCGAGGCUGGAUACGCUCGUGGGGCUGAAGAGGCUGGAGCUGACGGAGUGUUGGCAGCUGAGUAGACCACCUGCUGGUUUUCCCCCUUCUCUUGAAACCCUCUGCUUGGGUCCCUUCGGGGAAGGCUCUUCCCAUGUGGUGGAUAUCUCUGAGUUAUCGCAGCUGAGGGUGCUGAAGCUGAACCGUGUUGGGGUGAUAUGCGGGCCUGCAGGGACCAGCAGGUUGUCGUGUCUUGAGAAGCUGGAGCAGCUGGAGAUGCGCUUGCAACGUGAUAGUCGGGAGCUCCCAAUCCCCUUAAUGUUUCUCCCUCGCCUGCGCAGCUUGCUGAUAGAGGCGCUGGGAAUCUGCAGCCUUUCGGCAAACAUGGCAGCAGCGCUGCCGCAGCUACGGCAGCUGAAUCUUCGUUCGUGGUCACUGGAGGAGCUGCCAGAAAGCCUAAUGGAGCUCAGCUCGCUGACAUCAUUGACGAUCAACGCCCCUCAGUUGACAUUGCUACCUCAGGGCAUGAGCUGCUUGUCUCGGCUGCGCAAACUGGAGCUGAUUUGCUGCAACGCCUUGCAGCACCUCCCGGAGUUUCUCACCCAGCUGCACCGGCUGAUACUCCGACAUACCUCCAUCCCCUCCCUUCCUGCGAAACUCGUGCAACUGACUGAUGAGCAUUGA